ACACCUAGACAAAGACACACGCACCUAGACAAAGACACACACCUAGACAAAGACACACGCACACCUAGACAAAGACACACGCACACCUAGACAAAGACACACACGCACACGAAUUGUUCCACCACGCGCUUCUCACGAUGCUGAACAUCACCCGCGCUUGCGCGACCGGUGCCAGCAGCGAGGGUCCGGGGCACCUGAGCAGCAGCAGCAGCAACCAGAGCGGAGCGGGGGUUUACUUCGCGUCGGACGCCGUGAUCGUCGUGCAGGUCACCUUCCUGCUCGUCUUCUACUGCUGCUCCACGGCGCUCAACGUCCUCCUCCUCGCCGUGGUGCUGCGCGCCGAGGCGCUCCAGUGGCAGCCUCGGUACAUCCUCCUGUGCAACCUGUCCGCCUGCGACCUCAUGUUCACCACCACGCUCAUCCCGCAGGCCAUCCACAGCCUCUCCCGCCGGCGCUACGUGUCGCCGGGCCUCAUGUGCCAGACGAGCAUCCUCGUGUCGUUCGGCACCCUCUUCUGCAUCCUGCUCAACCUCUCCUUCAUGGCGCUCGACCGCUACUUCUACAUCUGCCGGCCCAUGCACUACAUGGCCACCUUCACGUCGCGACGCACCAAGGCGAUGGUGCUCGGCAUGUGGACCCUCUCGCUCGCCGUGUCGCUCACCUACGUGUGGCUGCUGGGCCAGCACGGCUCGUACAGCGAGGUGCUGUCGGGCGGCGUGGUGUGCGAGCCCGACAUCCUGGAGAAGUACACGAGCUUCCCGCGGGCGCCUGUGCUCUUCAGGAAGUGCCUGGCGGGCGCGUGGCUCGCGUUCGCCAUGUGCGCCCUCGCCUUCAGCUACACCCGCAUCUACAGGCAGGCGCGCCUCGCCGUGGAGCCGUUCAACCAGACCAACGAGCGCGCGCGCACCACCGUGCUGCUGCACGGCGCGCAGCUCUCGCUCUACCUCGGGCCGCUGGUCAUCAAGUUCUCGCUCGACAUCCUCCUGGACCAGGGCGUCAUCCAGGCGGACUUCUUCACGCUGCUCGACGCAAUCAGCCUCAGCAUCAUGGUGACAAUCCCGCCGUGCGUCAAUCCCGUGGUGUACGGCCUGCGCAACGAGGAGAUCUGGAGGGCGCUCAAGGCCGCACUCUGCCGCAGGCAUCAGCCCGUGAUGACGGUGGCCGCGUGAGAAGGGCGGACGCGGGCGGACCACGGAGACCUUCUGCUCAUCGUGGAGGUGGGUCUAACGUGGAGGUUGCAUUGUGGACUCGCAUCUUGGAGGUGUCUCCCGUCUCGGGCACACGCUCCGCCAUCAUGAAAGAUCGGUCCACCUUGGAUCAGCACCCCACCCGGGAAAGAUCUGAUAAUUUUUUAUUUAAAUCACGGAGGUUAUUUCACCAGGGAAGUCUCCCCCAUCACUCAACUGUGGAGCAGCGCUCCACCCUGGAGCUUGAUGUUCCAUGGAGGCGCCUCCAGCCUGGGACCUCUGUUCAUCACCGCAUUGGGUUCCUGGCGCCGUGGACAUCGCGAGGCGCGGGGACUGCGGUGGUGUUAGUAACACAGAUAGACACAGAGAGCGAGAGACACAGGGAGCCGGGACGAACUCGUACCAAGCGCCACCUCGGGACGUGCGUGCGUUGAUUCGCGCGCCGAGGAACAUCGGAGUGGAAACUCGCGCAGAAUUGGACGCAACCGCGCAGGUUUGAUAACGGACUCUCACCUCGACUUCUCUGGUGCUUUGGCGGAGCGAACAUCAGCCGCAACACACACGGUUAUGGGGAGAGGUGACAUCGCCUGGGGCAUGUGUGUGUGUGCGCGCACGUGUGUGUGCGCGCGCGCGUUUGGAGCGCACGUGUGUGUGUGCGCGCGCGUGUGGAGCGCACAUGCGCGGUAGUAUCGUGAUUAGCGCGCUGCGCUACAACCCCGGCCACACGAUUUCUAUUCCCGCUCACGGCCA